AAUCUUUUCGCAGUGCAUAUAUUGCAGACUUAGGUCUUUCUACAUUAGCUAACAUUGGAUCAAGCGACAAAGUAUGUGGAAUAAUGCCAUAUAUAGCACCUGAAGUAUUAUACAAAAAUGAAUAUAGCAAAGCAUCUGACGUGUAUUCUUUUGCCAUCAUAGCAUAUGAAAUAGUGUCUGGCCAUUUGGCGUAUUAUGGUAUUGCACAUGACGUUCAUCUUGCACGUAAUAUUUAUUAUCAUGGUCUGCGUCCAAGCAUCCCAACGCAUAUACCAAAAGUAAUUGCUGAAUUGAUAACUGAAUGUUGGGAUGCUCAGCCAGAUAAAAGACCAA